AUGAAAUCUAUCGACGUACCGAACAUCAAAGCGGGCAAGGUGCGCAUAGGUUUGGUCUGGGCCAAAGUCCGUCUACGCGAAAAUGUCAAAAGGUGUUUCAAUUGUCUCGGCUAUGGACAUACGAGGGCCAAGUGUAACAGGAUAGACCACCGCGACGCCUGCAGUCUGUGUGCAACAACUGGGCACAGAGCGGCAGAGUGCAGCAACCCGCCCAGAUGUGUAGCUUGCGAGGACAACAAAGCACCCACGGAUCACUAUCCUGGCAGCAGCAGAUGCACUUCCUACAAGAAGGCCCAGGCACACGGCGAGCAGGCUUCCAUUAGCCUCCCCCAGAGCCUCAACACAGUAAUGAUUGCAGUACUGCAGAUAAACUUGAACUGCUGCAAAGCGGCUCAGGCCCUAAUGCACCAGACAGCAUUAGAAAAAUCUGCAGACUUCGUGCUCAUCAGUGAGUACAACAGAGUCGAGGGCCCCCACUGGUACGCUGACGCAACAAACAAAGCAGCCAUCGUCAACGUGAAGAAAACAAGGCUAGAAAAUGAGGGCUGUACGGAAGCGGGUUUCAGUUGGGUGUGCGAUCGCGGCCUCAGAAUAUACUCAGGCUACUGGUCUCCAAACAGCACGUUUCAAGAAUACAAAGACUUCACCAGCAGACUCGAAGCUAGCAUAAGGAGUGCGAAUACAGAAAUCCUCCUCACGGGCGAUUUCAACGCCAAACACACUUACUGGGGGUGCCCGCAAAACGACAGAAGAGGAGAAAUCCUAGCAGACCUGAUCGACGCCACGGGACUGGUGGUCUGCAACAAGGGCAACUCGUGCACUUUCAACAGAGGAACCAUCAUCGACCUCACCAUCACAACCCCACGCACUGCCCAGAGAAUAACCAAGUGGACGGUACUCGAUGAAGAAUCGCUCAGCGACCAUUAUUACCUGUGGUUCGAAAUCAACACCGGUUCCCCAAACCACGACACUCCCAGAAUACCAAAGAUAGAUCUGCAAACGCUAAAGAUGGCACUCGCCCCGGAGACCCACCACCCAUUUCUCGACUCCACUGACGCCGAGCAAAAGGCGCUGUCGCUGAAGGAACUUAUACAAUCAUGCCGCAGACCAAUCUACACGGGAAAGUAUCCUAGAAAAUCUGUCCACUGGUGGAGCCCAGAGAUAAACUCCCUCUGCAGAACGGCAAACCACUUCCGCAGAGUAUUCCAACGAAAAAGAAAACGACACGGUCCCGCUGCCAGCGUAGCCGAGGAACAAGAAGCCAAGACUGCUAAACGGGACCUAGUUUGA